GAUUAUGCCUCUCAAGACCUUUCCCUCGAACGCCUUCAAUAAUGUAUACGCUUUAUCGCUCACUGUCUCUCUCGCAGCGAUAUUAGCAUUCUGGCUCUUCCCUCGCAAUCGUAACUUUCCUCCUAGCCCAGGGCGCGCACUUCCCUUCCUAGGCCAUCUACAUAUCAUGCCUACCAAGAAAACCUGGCUCACCCUCUCCCAGUGGUCAAAGGAGCUAGGGCCAAUUUUCCAUCUCAAUAUCGCUGGUCAAAAUAUAGUUGUCCUUGGAAGUCACAAGUCAGCCUCGGAUCUUCUGGAUCGUCGUUCAGCAAUCUACUCGGAACGCCCCCGUAACAUCGUCGCAGGAAAACUUAUCACUGGGGGUAUGGUGUUCGCAUUUGAGUCCCAUAAUGCCUUCUGGAAAAGAAUGCGGCGUGCUGCCCAAGAGGCUUUGACCAACGUGAAGAGGUACUGUCAUAUCCAAGAGAGGGAGGCCUAUAUUCUUUGCCAUCAAAUGUUGCAAAAGCCAGAUUAUUGGGAUGACCAUCUCCGGCGGGCUAGCAACUCCGUAAUGCUUGGCAUAAUCUAUGGUCUGCCGCCAAUGUUAGACUCGUUGAAUCCGAACAUCCGACGCGCCAAUGUCUACGUACAGAAAGCACUCGCGGCUGCCGUUCCUGGUGCCUUUUUGGUGGAAUAUCUACCUUGGAUGAUGUACCUGCCCAGGUGGAUGUGCGCUUGGAGACGGUAUGCAGAAAGUAUUUUCACCAGAGAAUCUGUCUUGUUUGAAAAAUUCUUCUCGGAUGUUGUUGUUCGUAUACACAAGGGAACUCAGAUUCCGAGCGCUGCCUCCUCAUUCUAUGAAAACAAGGAGAAACUGGGCAUGACAGACAGAGAGGCUGCAUGGUGUGCCACGACGCUAUACACAGCAGGUGGAGAGUCGACGUCUGGUCAGAUGUCUUGGGUUUUAAUGAGUCUUGUUCUUUACCCUGAUGUGCAGAAGAAGGCUCAAGAAGAAGUCGACCGUGUAGUCGGCAGGGAUCGUAUGCCGACAUUCAAGGACCUAGAGCCGGAACAAAUGCCUUACCUCAACGCGCUCCUCAGGGAAAUUAUGCGAUGGAGAAGUAUUGGUCCAUUAUGUAUACCACAUAGGCUGAAGCAGGAUGAUUACUACGAAGGAUAUUUUUUACCGAAGGACACAAUUGUCAUUCCCAAUGCCUGGGCGAUGAACCUUGACGAAAAUGUCUGGGGUCAUGACGCCGAAGAGUUCAGGCCAGAACGGCACCUCAAUGAAGAUGGGAAAUUGAAACAAGCUCUACCUGAUACGCAUGAAGAAUCUCAUGUUACUUAUGGUUAUGGUCGUAGAAUAUGUGUUGGUCGCAACGUCGCGAACAAUUCAUUGCGCAUCAAUACAGCAUGUGUUCUGUGGUCUUUUAAUUUGAGGCCUAGCACUGACGAUAAAGGAAACUUCAUGCUUCCGGACCCGCAUGCGUACCUUGACGAAGGUCUUGUGAUACGUCCCGAACCAUUCUUAUUUUCCCUUGAACCACGCCAGGACGACGUCAUCACAGGUAUCGCUCAUACCCUGGAAGCUAGAGGUCUGACCGUGUAGCUUGAGGAGGGACUAGUUUCAUUACGGUUAUUGCCUCAUGGUGACGGUAACACGAUGUACAAAAUGGAGAUACUCACUGUGCGAGUUUUGCGUUGUAGGCCAGUAAGUUCUCACGACAUGCAUUCCUUUGUAAGUAUAAGGGUCGACUCUCGAGGGAAGUUGGAGUGUCCGACUGCUGAUAUCCUCGUCUGAAUACUUCCCAUGAUGGCGGAGAUAGUCCUUAGCAGUGUCAAUCGGGACUUACUUCAAUUUUGAACAUCGUCGUGGGUGCAUCAGCUCUCUGUAACUGUGUUGUACUGUUUGUAGGUCUCACUGCAGGCGUGGGAUUUCUUUGCUUUCGGAACGCGCGCGUCACCGGCGUUCUGAAUGAGCAUCGGCCGCACUCAAUUGGAAGUCGCCGUCAUGCCGUAACGCCCAAUUGUACUUACUUUCUCGAACAGAACAGUUCUAUUCAGAACAAACAAACAUGGACCCUACACCGUCCUGUGUGUGCUCUUCAUUUGCACCGAAAACAACCUUCGUUUCACCCUUCACCCCUCACCAUGAAAUCAUCCAUUUCUCUGCGGUUCGUUGUCAUUGGUGCCAGUGUAGCAGGCCUUUCUUGUGCAUAUCUGUUACAACAAAGUGGCCAUGAAGUGCUUGUGCUAGAGAGAUCUCGCAGGGCGGAGAAUCCAGACGGUGGUCUCAAAGUCCCUCCCAACAUGGCUCGCUUAUUACAUCUCUUUCCUGGAACAAUGGAGAUGUUGAAGGAGAAGGCAACACUGUGUUCUGGG